GGAAUCAAGCUGUAAAUCAAAAAUAAAAAUAAAAAAAUAAAUAUACCAGUCUAUAAGAUGGAAAUCUCACAUACACACACAUACACACGAAGGGUGGAACUUCAGGUCAAGGAAACAAUCAGUUCCAACACGAAUAAAAGUAGUAGCCUAGAGAAUGUGAACACACGACGUUGUAGGUCACACCUCAAAUUGAAGUGUAUGCGCUGAAGAUGUUGUCUAGAAGGAGGAGGGCAAUAAUGAAAGCUUCGCAAACAAACCAGCCACUCAACUACAUCAAAAAGAAGGUGGUUUCGUUUUUUUUUGACUAGAUUCAGUUAAUUUCAAGCUCCUCUAUGUUUGCUAACACGAAAAACUGUUUUUAAAUGUUACUGAAAAUGAUUUAAUUUGUUUUUGCUUAUUUGGUUUUUUUCAAUUACCAACAAGAUUCCGUCUACCGACAUCGUUUUAAAUCGUCGUGUUGGUCAAGGUGCAUUCGGUAUGGUAUACGGUGGUGAAGCAAAGCGUAAUGGUCGUUGGGAAGCUGUUGCUGUGAAAGUUAUUGGGAAUAAAGCGACAUACGAGGGGAAAACAGAUUUCCUGUCAGAGGCUAAAUUAAUGCGAAGUUUAGACCACCGAAAUAUUGUCCAUUUAAUUGGUAUUUGUUUAUAUCCAAAAGAAAAUCAUUUAUAUUUAAUUAUGGAGUUUAUGCUAAAUGGUGAUCUCAAGACGUAUUUAUUAUCACGUCGUGUUCUAGCUCAACAAAUGCCAGAGCAUGAAGGUAUUUGUCCAGCUACACUGACAGGUAUGGCAAUUGAUAUUGCAGAGGGUUUAGCUUAUUUGCAUCGGAAAAAUCUAAUCCAUCGGAUAUCGCCUGUCGGAAUUGUCUUGUCGGUUCAGACGGUGUUGUAAAAAUUGGCGAUUUUGGUUUAACACGUGAAAUGAACAGCAGCGAAAGCGAGGGUUAUUAUCGUUUCACACGAAAUUGUGAACUGCCUAUCCGUUGGAUGUCACCUGAAGCUGUUCAAUUCGGUGUAUUCAGUAUACUUUCUGAUAUAUGGUCCUAUGGGAUUGUUUUAUACGAGAUAAUCACUUUCGGUGUAUUUCCUUACGACGGGUUAGGCGAUGUUGAAGUUGUCGAGCGUGUAAAACGUAAAGAUUUUAGUAUUAUUGAGUUUUUGCCAGUAGCAGCAAGAGAUACUAUUAUAUCUCGGUUAAUCUAUCAGUGUUGUCAACAUCAAUGGCAGCAUCGUCCUGCUUCAUUAGACCAUAUUAUAGCAAUUCUGCGAAAAAAUCCUGAAUGUGUGCGUCCUUUUCUUACAGAUGAACCGCCUAAACCUAAUAGCACCAUUGACGCCCUUCGUUUCCAACCAGGUGCUGGUGCUUGUAUCAUGUCAAAAAAUACCCUUGCUUCCGGUGAUCCAUCUCCGAGUAAUCCGGUAAUAAGUAAUCCUACUUCAGAUAGCACUCAUGGUUAUCCUUUCACUACUGGUAUACGUGGUGUCCUUAGCGCAACGGGUAGUUUAGGUGGUGGCGGUGGUAUUGGAAAGUCUCUCUUGGAUCAUCAUCAUCAUCGUUCAACUGAUUCCUUUUCAGAAAAUAUCAGUACUUCUGUAUUUCUUUCAUUUCUCUCGGACCCUCCAUUGCAAAAUUUUGGCCGACGCAGUCACCAUCGCCGCCGCCGACACAAGACUGCUGAUGAUGGUUGUUCAACAAGAAUUAGUCGCUACCAUGAUAUACGCCGAGGAACUAGUUGUUCUUCUUCAUCUUCUUCUUCUGCUUAUGGUCAUACUUUCCGUAGCUCUGAGCAACAAAGUUUUGGUGAUCACCGUCCAACCACUAUCGAAGACCAACCUCUCCAUCCUACAGGUGGGGUUAGUGGUGGUGGCGGUGGCGGUGGUCGUGGUGAUUCAGUUUCUUUCCCUAUGUGGCGAAAAUCGAAGACUGCAGAAGAAAAAGAAAAGUCUAGUCGGCUUCGAAAUCUGUUAUUCAACAAACAAACCAGUGUUGAACAUGGUGAUGAUAAUGACGAUGAUGAUGAGCAUGUGGAAUUGAUUGUGUCAAAGAAGACAACCACGGAGUAUUCUGAUCCUAUUCAUGCUGUACUGAAUGAUUCCUACACAACAGUUAGACAGUUAACCGGAGAUCUGCUGAAAAAUAAAUCUCAUAUUGAAAAUAGACAUGAAGACAAGAAUUUACCGCUUGGAUCAAGGUCACUGUCUGCAGAGCAUAUGCUUUUAGUGGAUUAUAUACAAAAAAAUGAAAAGCCUGUACAUGCAAAAAGUGCUCCAGAUAAUGCCUCCUCCUCCUCUGCCUUCACAGCAUAUAUUUCACAAUCCACAUCAAAGUCUGCAUACAUUCUUUUAGAUACUGAUAAACAGUUCACCUCCGUCCAUAAUUACGAUUGUCAACCUUAUCAAGAUACAUUGCCAAACGGACUUAGAGUUGACAUUCUUCGUGAAAAUAAUUACUCCAACAGCAGCUGUAAGACUGAAGUCGUUACACGUAAUGCAUGUCAUUUACACACUCAUCACAAUACACCUAGCAUAUUUCGUUCUGUAUUAUUGAUUUUUUCACGUUCUCGUCGUAAAAAUAACUCCUAUCCCCCUGAUAAUCUAAGGAUUACUAAGUCUUCAGUCGUCUGUCAGCCUAUUUCAUCAGACAGUAUUCAUCAUACUUGUGUUACAUCACAUUUGUUUUCCACAUCAUGUCCAUCGAUAUUUACAUCACCACACUUUCCUGUUUUCAAUUGUAAUGCUUCAGAUAAUACUAAGAAUAAUAAUACUAAUAAAUGCUCUAUUCCUUCUGUAUCGUAUCUCACCACCUCAUCAUCAACUUCAGAACGUCAUCAACAACAACACCAACUCCAUCAUCGUUACCCUGUAAAGAAUGAAGCCAAUCGAAAGAAAACAGGUGACUGUCAUGCUCCUAACUUUGUAAAUCCAGUAUCGGAUACAAAGACGACUAUUGACUGUGAAUCGUUUAAUUCAGAACAACCUGUUAGCAGUCAUCAUCAUCAUUUAUCUUGUAUACCGCCAACUGUAACUUCAGAUGAAUCUGUUAGAAAAUCGAAUCACUCUUAUUUCGUUUAAUCUCUCUCUUUCUGUGCCUACAUUUUUAAAAACACCUCCCGGUUUCAAUAACCCUUCUUUUGUCGUUUAUAUAUUUGUAUCCUACCUCAAAUAUUAUAUACUAUUAUUAUUGUAAUGUUUAGUGAAACUGGAAUCCCCUGAUGAUGGGCAAAUAGACAAGAAGUGUGUGUGUCGGGGGUUGGGGUAGCGUGGGGUGCGGAGUGGUGGUUGCUAACUAAAUUAUUAUCUUAUGCUCGUCAAACGCUUUACAAUAUUCAUAAAAAGGAUAGAACUCUGCGCUGAUUGUUCUUCUUUUUAUUAUUAUUAUUAAUAAGUCUGCUUAUUAUGUCAUGUUACUUUUAUGCUAUGGUGAAUGUACGUCAAAAUUUGUGUGUGUGUGAUGUGUUUGCGUUGUAUGGUGUUGUGUAUAAGAAUCCGUUUCCCACUAUAUCAUAUAUUUAUUUUGAAUAAUCUUUAAUCGUUUGUUUGAUAAUACUUUUUUAGGCUGUUCUUCAUGUAAAGCACGUUUUAAUUGUUGUAUUAUUACUACUGUUGCGUCUUCAUUCAUUCAUUUACAUUUGUUUGUUCGUUUAUUUGUAUUAUUCAAAGCUGUAUAUAUAAUAAUAUUAAAUUGUCAUGGAUCUUGGUAUUGUUACAGCAGAAGGCAAGACACGGAAGUCUGUAUCACACCACUGCACCACACUCAUCCCACUCUGUCUGUCUGUCUGUUUUCGACAUAGAACUUUGCACAAAUGUGCGGAAGUUCAAGUCGCCACAUUCCGUGUAGCACGCGAAGCGAGAGAAGAAAGUACAAGAAAAGCAUAAUAGAAACAGUGAGCAGAGGUGUGAGACAAAGGAGUAAUAAAGAAAUACAAAACAGUUUCAUUGGAAAUCAUAAGUCACA